AUCGGCGACGCACACCUCCUCCUCUUCCAUUACUUGACGACGAUACUGCGCCCGACGAUGACAUUCCUCACCAACGAAGAUAUGAAGAUGUGCUUCUCGCUCUUCUGCUGCGUCUGCGGCGUCGGCUCCUUGGGUCUCGCCGGCAACUAUGCCCGCGCCGGGUACUUUGCCGCGUCCAUUGGCUUCAUCUACAUGGCGUCCGCCAACACGUUUGCCACGUGGUGCAUCUCCAAGGUGCUUCUCGCCGCGCCGACGUCGGUCUUUACGUACGGUGACCUCGGCGAGUGGUGCCUCGGCAAGCCCGGCCGCUGGAUCUCGACGUUCGCGCACAGCAUCCUCUGCACAAUGCUUCCCAUCGUGUACCUCGUCCUCGGCGGCACCAUGCUUGUCGUCCUCUUCCCGAGCUCGUUUGGCCAAGCCACGUGGAUCGUCUUGAUGGCCGUGACGCUCCUCCCGGUGUGCCUUGUCCCGACGAUGAAGGAAGGCGCGGGUAUGGCGCUUGCGGGCUCCCUCGGCACGAUCCUUGCCGACGGUAUCGCCGUGUACCUUGUCAUUGUCAACAUGCACGACACCAACCCGACGGGCAUCUCGCCGCCGACGCCCGAGAUCACGUUCGAGUCGGUCACGACGGUCUUUGGCAACCUCGGUCUCGCGUACGGCUGCUGCAUCAUUGUGCCGUCGCUCCAGCGUGAGCACACGGAGCCGCACCGCAUGCCGCGUGUGAUCCUCGUGGCCCAGGCCAUCAUCUCGAUCUUCUUCCUCCUCGUGUCGCUCCUCGGUGUCUUCUCGACGGGCUGCCAAACGCCCGGUAACCUCCUCUUUGCGAUCUCGGGCUCGACGCUCGGCUUCACGGCGGACCGCGGCCUCGUCAUCCUCGCCUUCAUGUUCAUGCAGCUCCACGUGACGAUUGCCUUCUCGGUCAUCUUCUUCCCCGUCUUCCAGAUUCUUGAGCGCCUUAUCCUUGGCCUGCACAAGGAAGAAGUGCUUGCGAUCGAAGCCGACAUUGAAACGCCGGCCGUCGAUGGCGUCGCCCCCGGCCACUACCUCGACUCGAAGGGCGAGAUGAAGGCGAUGCACCUCGUCGACCCCACGGCCGCGUACAAGGCGCCGGGCGCGUACCUCAAGGUGUGCAUCCUCCGCAUCGCCAUGAUUGCGUUCUGCUGCGUCGUCGCCGUCAUCUGGAAGGACCACCUCGGCGCGCUCAUGGACUUUGUCGGCGCGUCGACGUCGACGAUCGUCAACCAGAUUCUGCCGCUCACGUUCUACCUCAAGACGUUCUGGCCGACCGUGUCGCUUCCGACCAAGUUGAUCUCGAUGUUCAUCAUGAUCAUCUCGGCCUGCCUCGGCGUGUACGUCUCGAUCAACACGGGCAAGGAGCUCUUCUCGCCGGCGGUUGUCGACCCCAAGAUCCUCUUCCCGCUCUGCCCGGCCAAGUUCCAGGAAGUCGUCUUCACCAACACGACCUUCUACAAGUACUAGGCGCGACAUCGCGACCCUACCCUCCUGUGUCACUAGUUUUAGUUAGUCUACGUAACCCCAGAAACAAAUCCAUCAUUUUUAAGAAAAACA